UCAUCGCGACCCAAAUUUAUAUCUUUCCACGGGUCGAAGCAGUAACUUUCGAAUAAUGCUUCAAUGGCAGCCAUCGACUACAACUCAAUUGGCAUCAACACUGACCUUGAUCGCAUAAUCAAUCUAAACAAUUCUCCACUUUGUACUUUCCCUUCCCAAAAUCAAGUCAAAACCACCAACACUCACCUCAGAAAUUCACUCAAUUUGUCUCUCAAGUGCAGUAAAGUUGAAAACUUUGAGACCCAUCAAAAGAUUUUGUCAAGAAUCAUGUCUGACCCUCACAGAAUUGACCAAGAUUUGCUGCAAAAGUUGGUCUAUGAUGCACUUGUUUGGAGCUCUCUUCAUGGGCUUGUUGUUGGAGAUAGAAAUAUUCAGAGGUCAGGAGUAGUGCCGGGUGUGAGUAUGGUUCAUGCCCCAGUUGCUUUAUUGCCAACAUCAUUUCCUGAAAGUCACUGGAAACAGGCUUGUGAGCUAGCACCCAUAUUUAAUGAACUUGUCGACCGUGUUAGUUUGGAUGGGAAAUUUUUGCAGGAUUCACUUUCCAGAACAAAAGAAGUGGAUGAUUUUACUUCCAGGCUCUUGGAUAUUCAUUCAAAGAUGCUACAAAUGAAUAAAAAAGAGGAUAUACGCUUGGGGUUACAUCGGUCUGACUAUAUGCUUGAUGAGCAAACAAAAUUACUACUCCAGAUAGAGCUUAAUACAAUUUCGUCUUCAUUUGCCGGGCUAAGUUGUGUUGUAAGUGAGCUUCAUAGGAGUUUAAUUAAUACAUACAAAAAACAACUUGGAUUAGAUUCUAAUAAGGUUCCUAUUAAUACUGCUGUCACUCAGUUCGCUGAAGCACUGGCCAGAGCUUGGACAGAAUAUAACAACCCAAGGGCUGCUGUUCUGUUUGUCGUUCAACAUGAAGAAAGGAACAUGUAUGACCAACAUUGGUUUUCAUUAAUUCUAAAUGAAAAACAUAAGAUUACAACCGUUCGUAAGACAUUAGCUGAAAUCAGUGCACAGGGGAAGCUUCAACCAGAUGGAACCCUUGUUAUAGAUGGUGAAGCCAUUGCAGUAAUUUAUUUCCGAGCUGGGUAUGCACCUACAGAUUAUCCAACAGAAUCGGAAUGGAGAGCUAGAUUACUGAUGGAGCAGUCCUCUGCGGUGAAAUGUCCUUCGAUAUCUUAUCAUUUGGUUGGCACCAAGAAAAUACAACAGGAGCUUGCAAAGCCUGAUGUCCUCGAACGCUUUCUUGAUAACAAAGAUGACGUCGCCAAGUUACGGAAAUGCUUUGCAGGACUAUGGAGUUUGGAAGAAUCAAACAUAUUCAAGGAUGCAAUCGAAAGACCUGAAUUAUAUGUUAUGAAACCACAAAGAGAAGGGGGAGGGAAUAAUAUCUAUGGAUAUGAUGUGAGGGAGGCCCUGCUAAGAUUGCAGAGGGAAGAGACUAAUGAAGAUGCUGCUUAUAUCCUCAUGCAAAGAAUUUUCCCAGUUGUUGCUCCCACAAUUCUGUUGCGCGAUGGCAGUUGCCAUAAAGAUAGUGCAGUAUCAGAGCUUGGAAUUUAUGGGGCCUACUUAAGGAACAAGGAGCACGUACUCGUGAAUGAACAUGCUGGUUACCUGAUGCGAACAAAGGUUUCUUCAUCGAACGAGGGUGGCGUAGCAGCAGGAUUUGCAGUUUUAGACAGUAUAUAUUUGACUUGAAAGAAGCAUGCUUUCUGGUUAUUGCAACUGUUUGAUAUUGGGGAAUUGGCACUUCUAUACAUCCAGUCGUGCAUAUCGGCUCAGAUAAUGCUUGGAGUGAACCAGAUAAACUGGGAAACAGUAAACUGUAUUCUUUAAUGUAGUGUUGUUUACUUCCUAUUGGUGUGUUGGAUCCACAAUUAAUUCGAUGGAUCCUUAGGAUUGGUAUAUUCUUUUAUAUCCUGAACUUCUAUGGAUCGAGCCAAGUAUCACAACUCUUUCUUCCCAUCCUGUAUAUUGUCCUUUUUGUUACGUGUUGGACUAGAAAUUUAUUACUUUUUUUUAUUAGUUAGUUAUCAGACGAGAUUUUACAAAAAUUUUUUUUUUCAUAUAUAGUGUAUAGUGAAGUGCUGAUCUGGAUUAUGUAUUUGCAUGGAAGUUCCCUUUAGUGACCACUUUGUUAAAUUAUCUCCAUUUAAAAUUUACUUUCAUUCUUGAAGAGAUGUGUGCAGUACAUAAGUUCUGCUUGAUUUAGUAAGCAAUAAAGUUUACGCCAUUUGGAGAGUUC